CGACGGUGACGACGACGACAUCACUCACAGUUGUAGCAACAAAUGCAGCAUCAAGCAGAAGGUAAACCUGCAGAAGGAAGAUAGAUACCAUUCCCUGGAACAUUCUUGGCAUUCUUCCAGAUGGCCUGAUCCGAAGACUUUGUGCGGCAGGCAGCAUUUGGCUGAGCGUCAAGCCACAAGCAUACGCUCAGUAGACCAUCAUCGCCGUUGUAGUAGCAGUAGCUGUAGUAGCGGUUCAGUAGAGACACUGUUACGUGUAUCGGCGUGUCCCUGUGUGCACAUGUGCAUGUGUGUAUAGCGGGUUCUUUUCAGAGAAGGCCACCUUCUCUAAAGCGGUUGACUGUCGCCAAUACGCUUUCACGCUAAACUGAUUAACUGUCACUAGUAGUGGUAGUACUACAUUAAAGAGCGCGCAUUUUUUGGUGUCGUUGUUGUUGUUGGUCUUGUUGUUGUGACUUUUGCUAAGAGGUUUUUCUGCAAGACUUUUUAUUCCGUUAGUGAUGACCACAGGGAAACUAUCGCCGAGCGACGCCCUCUCCGAAACCAGCUGUGCAAUAGCUGGUACAGCAAAAUACGCGGCAGGCUCCGAAGAAAUAGAGCAAUGCGAUGACGCUGUCCUAGUGGCCGCGUAAAUACGUGCGCAUGUAUUGCGCUGAUCAUGCUAAUACUACCAGUUCUUUUGGUUUCGGCCACGGCCGAUGAACAUGUCGAGAAAAACGACGAAGCCAAAGGAAAGCGAAUCUAACGCGCCGAGCACACAACAACUUGCCGAAAGAUAGGCAGACCAACAGGCAGGUUCGUCCAAGUGGCGUCAUUCUACAACACACGCGUGUGAUAGUGAGAUGCAACCGUAUCUCUUUCACUGUACUUCUUUUCCACCAAACGCUUCGACUACGAAUCAACGCUAGACCAAACGCUUCGCGGAGGAGCUUUCCUUAUAACGACGCCAGUGAAGACGACGUCGUAGAAAUCGCAUACGAACACAACAACUACGGCUACAAAAAUUCGCCGUUUGUUUCGCUCUGGCUGUGACCGUGAGGCGGGAUGGCCAUCUCUUCUGGCCACCAGCUCGACCCAGCACCGAAGUCAGCAAAGCGUAAGAAUGCUGCUUGCACGUGCUGUUCAGCACGCAGAAUAUCGCCGCCAACCCACGACUCUCGUUUUUCGCUUAUUUCUCGCCGUGCUUCCGUGCAUACUGCGAGCCCCAAUCUCGUUUCCGCCGAUCUCCUUGUUCGGAUUACUGUUCUGGAUUUGCCUUUUAGCUGAGGGUGCCUGGGGGGUAAAGGAACCCUUCUCGUACCUAAUGGUCGAUGAUUGUCCCACACAACUUUUACGGUACGCGUCUGAUAGGCAAAAUGUUUCUGAGCUAGCUGCAGACGCACGGCAGGACCUGCCCAAACGAACUAAGAUGAUACUGUUCGUAGUACCAGGUAACCCAGGCCCAAUAGGCUUCUAUGCAGAUUUUAUGAAAGAAAUUUACGCGGGCAACGAAGAAAACAUCGAGGUGUGGGGCGUAUCGCAUGCUGGACACGUUGUGCUGCCGAAGCACAUGCAAAAGCCAUAUAAAAGUAUUAAAAGGUGGUUUUCGACAGAAGGCGAAGUGGAACAUAAAAUGCGUUUCCUCGAAAAAUUUAUACCAAAAGAAACUCCGCUGGUCUUAAUUGGUCAUUCAAUCGGCAGCUAUAUGGCGCUGCAAAUCACUGAUAAACUUAAGGAUCACAACAUUGUGCACACGUACCUUCUGUUCCCCGCUAUCGAGCGCCUUGCAAGAGGAAUAAAUGCCCCUAUGCUUGAAGCUCUGGCGACGUAUCUGCGUCAGCCAUUUAUGGCACUCGUCUAUUCUGUCCACAUGGUGCCUGCUAUGCUCCUCAAAAGAGUCUUCCAGCUCGCUGUCCGUAUGCAUUAUGGCGCCGGAAAAGAAACGUUCGUACAAAACAUCCUUUCACUCACGUCGCCCUCGGUUAUGCGUGCCAUUAUCGACACGACUCAGGACAUUUUCAAGAAGGUUCGCAGACGCGAUGACGACGCGAUAGCAAGAAAUCUCGACAAAUUGACGUUUUAUUAUGGACUUAACGACCACUGGGCACCUCGGGAGUUUCCCAUGCAGUUGAGACGAAUGUUUCCCCGUUCCGAUGUACGCUUCUGCCUUGAGGGGUUUCGGCACGCUUUUGUCGUGGACGCGGGCCGCGAGAUGGGCCACAUUGUCAAGGGAUGGAUGCUCAAACAGAACAUCCUUCCGUCGAAGCACGGACAUCUAACUGCUGUUAGCCAGCUCCUACGCGAGCCUUCUAGCUCCCUGCCGGUCACUACAACGAAGACAACUUACCCAAUGGUCCAACGAUCAGCCACAACAAUCGACAUCACUGGACUGAGCAGUUCGACCUUGCAGCCGGAUAGUAGCUCCUCUAGCCCAGUUGAGAGUUUAGGUUAUUUGGAAAACACUAAUAGAACACUGUAGCACAGCUAGAGCACGCAGCACGAAUACGAUAAGCAGUUAUAGCAAAAAAAAAAUUUAAUGUUGGGCAUUUUGCUGAACAUAAUAAGGCGUCUUCUAAUUUGUUUAAUCAAUGCCUAAAUCAAUGCUUAGUUCGAAGGAAGCUAGAAAUACAGAACCCAGAAUCAACGCAAUUACAUAGGUGGCUCUCAUAUAUAUAGAUAUACGUUGCAAAGAACAAUUACGUAUUUAACUCCCUAAACCUCUAUUAAUAGUCGACUGAUACACGCAAUCUCUUAAGCACCUUUUUGGAACUUAAUCUGCCACGUAAUUGACAAACUAGUUGACGCAAAACGUAAUUAUUACUAAAAAUCGUUAAAGAAUUGCUGUCUUUGAAUGUUUAGUUUACUAAAUCGCCUAGGCAGUUAUGGGAAUGCGAAUGUUAGGAACUCCCUAAUAGCAGUUACUGAAAAACGACGCAUACAUGGCUCACGACUAGUUUAUUUAGUAUUUCGUUGUUGAUAAUUCCUUCCACGCUCAAUUUAGUGGACGUAAGUAACUUAAUAGAGUAUUAUUAAUAAAGUUCUGCCGAUUUUUAUUUAUUUCCUUGUUUUUCUAAUUUAUCGUAUAACAAUGAUUAGGUAGCGGCGUACACCGCUGGAGAGCUUCAUCCUUCUGCCCGGCUAUCUAUUGCGCAAGUUUUGUUUGGUCGAAGCAAAUAACUCUUUGUAAUGAGUCAAAUUUUUUUGAGGAGUUCGAAAAGUGGGUGUAUCGGGUGGCAAAAACGGGGCUUUCGACACUUCUUAUUUGCCUCUUCCCAAGCUCAACAACUCAAUGGGAGUGGCAUGUACAGCUAGGGCUCCCUAGCCAAGUAAAAAAUUACAUCUUUUUCGCCCUAAAACAUACACUACUCUCGAGAUUAAGGUUCAAUAAGAAUCCACUUCUGAGGAAGCGUGACUGCUAAAUGAGCCUGUAUGUGUUAGCUAAUAGAGAUCUCAGCAAAGCUUCCAUGUUUCAAAUUCAGCUCUUUUUUUUUACAUGACAUACCCAUUUUUGGGGCUUCUAAUCGAAACACAAUUGUAUCGUUUAAGUCAAGUUAUCACAAGUGAAAGUUGUAAAGAACCGGGAGAGCUUCAAUAGUAAAGCCAUUUAAGUAUUCGUAUUAGCAAAUUAAUUGAAUAUUGAGGAUGUUUGAUUUUUUUUUAAAUCUGUAAACGACAUGCCCGUAAAAAAUUUACCUUAGUAUUUGUCUAGCAAAGUAAAUUACAAUAUUUAUGCUGUCAUCUUACGGCAAAAAGCUAUAACUUUCUGAAGAUUCUACUAACUUUUCGAAUGAUCGCUGCGAAGAACUUCGAAGCAGUAAGCUCUAGCAUAUACUAGUUUAGUUAAUCAUUACCUUGUGUGGAUUUUAACGAUAUCUCUGUUAAAAUGUCAUCUUUACUAUAUGACAAAAGUAGUUCGAGGUCAACAGCGUUGCCCUUUGCUCUGUCAGCAAGAUAAUGCUAGUACACAUUGUAAGUUAUGGAGGAAAAGACGAAUUUGUAUCUACACACAUUGACUGCAUUUAGGAUUUUCAGUUAAAUUCAGUUUAUCACAGGAGGCUUACAACUAUAUUGUUAUAUAUUAGCUACAAAUGUAUACUUACUUGCAAGAACUGUUUAUGUGUCAUCGUUUCGUGUAUGUAUUUAAUAUUAGUAAGCGUAUUUAGACGAAGGCUGUGUCGUGAACGUCUAAGGUCUGCAAUAAGUGUGGAAUAGUGAUUCAGAUGGUCUGAGUCAGUGUGUGAUAUGAAUGAUUUUAUGUUCACUUUUAUAUGUUGCUUUGCCUAGAAAUAACCAAACCGUAGUACAAUUAACUUCAGUUGCGAAAGUCGUACAAAGCCGUAAUAUACGUUCUCAUUUAGAUUUGACCAAGUGAGCAAUGGCCGCGUUGGAAUCGAGCUUUCCAUCGGGGACUUGAAAUACACUCAGAUGCGUACACUCAUAAUGCAGGGUGUAUUCUAAAAUCAGUAACACUACUUACAACGUACCAUGAGGAGCAAUAAAGACCUUUGCACAAGGUAUAUUUGAGUUGGAAUCAGCAAUACAGUGCCGAUGCUGCCAAAAUCUAUUUUUUCAAGCAUGGUAACAAAUGCAGAAGAUAUUGCACGAAGCAACAAAACGAUAUAGGGGUAACGCUGCGGAAUGACAACUUGUUAUUUCCCGCUUUUACUUUUAAUAUCCAUACAUUAAUAUCUGUAUAUUAUAUGGUAAUGCAAUAAUAUAUCUGA